AUGAAGCAGGUUUCCCUGGACAAUUCACUGGAGCUGCUGGAAGAAUACAGAGGUUCUGGUAGCUCGGUGUUUACAAAGAGAUUUCAGAGCGCCAUAUUAAUUUCAAGCCUUGGUGAACCACUAGAAGUUCAUGACAAUCAUCCAAUUCCAAACUUAGAUGAAUUUGAAGUGUUGAUUGAAAACAAAGCGAUUGGCUUGAACCCAGUUGAUUGGAAGUCCAAAAAAUAUGGCUUCAGUAUUUAUAGUUUUCCAUGGGUUAAUGGGAGAGAAAGCAGUGGUGUUAUCGUUAAACAAGGCGAUAGAGUGACUGAAGAUUUGAUCGGUAAGAAGGUUUUCUUGGCCAGUACCAGCUAUAGAGACAACAGAACAAGUACCUUCCAAGAGUAUACUGUCAUGGACUCAAGGCUUGUUUGGGAACUACCAGAGAAAUUAUCAUUUGAGGAAGGUGCUACUCUUGGUGUUGGGCUUGUUACUGCCGGUGCUUUACUUUACGAUAGCUUCGGCAUUGAUUUUGCAGACCGGGAGUCUAAUUUAGGGAAAUCCAUUGUCAUCUGGGGUGGUUCCAGUGUCGUUGGGAUUUAUGCCACUCAAUUGGCUAGUAUUGCUGGUUUUAGUGUCAUUUCCGUUGCCAGUCGCAGAAACCAGAAGCUUUUGGAAUCGCUUGGCGCUUCGUUAGUGGUCGACCGCCACCAGAACCCUUCUGCUAUUUUUCAGCAGACCUUGGAGCUUGCCCCGAACGGUUUGGAUUUUGGUAUCGACUGCGUAUCCAAAGAGACCUCUCUAAACGUAGUGGAUCUUCUUAAAUUAUCCUUUGAUAUUUCUGGAAAGGUAGCAAAAUUUGCUGGAAUUGUGGGUGUGCCGAGAACCAUUCCUUGGGAAGUGGAACCAGUUGAAGUUACAAUUAAAAGGUUCCAUGAGAAUGUGGAGUAUGGUGAAAUGUUUGUCCGUAAUACCUCUAUGUUGUUACAUGAAGGCACACUUAAGCCAGUAAGACAAAAAAAGUUUUUUGGUGGGAUCGAAAUGAUUAUCGCUGGCUUGGAAGAUUUGGAAUCGUUUGGAGCAAGUGCUGAGAAAUAUGUUGUAUCUAUCUAA